UUCCUUGCAGGGCAUUUCCAGAAUUCCCCCCUGCAGCUUGUUAUGCAAGCUGUGCAUGUCCACUUUCGUCCUUUGCGUGGAGACCUGCAGCACCGAGGCCGGAGCGCUCAAGUUGCAUGCGGAGCGCGAGCUUAGGAUUGUGCACCUUUGUUGCAGAGGCGAGCUGCCGACACUCCUGAACGAAGCAGAUGGAGGGAGGGAGGGAAAAAGACGGCAAAGUCUUUUGCGCUUCUCCUCCCCCCCAUUCAAGCAAAAAGGAAACGUCCGUAUCCAAGGGAGGCAGGAAGAAGAACCCAGGGCUCAAGCUUUCCAAGGAGGUGUUUGAGCAGCCUCCGCUGACAGCAUCGCCUCCACGGGAUCUGGACUCUAAAGCUUGUGUCACCAUUGGUGAAAAGAAUUUUGUGGUGAAGGCAGAUGACCUGGAGCAGAUUAGCGAGUUGGGCCGAGGAGCCUACGGGGUGGUGGACAAGAUGAGACAUGUCCCCAGUGGUGUCAUUAUGGCUGUGAAGAGGAUACGGGCCACAGUAAACACACAAGAGCAGAAGAGGCUGCUGAUGGACCUGGACAUCUCUAUGAGGACGGUGGACUGUUUAUACACAGUUACCUUUUACGGGGCACUCUUCCGAGAGGGUGAUGUGUGGAUCUGCAUGGAGCUUAUGGACACGUCCCUGGACAAGUUCUAUAAGCAGGUCAUUGAAAGAGGGAUGGUCAUCCCAGAGGACAUCCUAGGAAAGAUCACCACCUCGAUUGUGAAGGCCCUGGAACAUCUGCACAGAAACCUGUCAGUAAUACACAGAGAUGUAAAACCCUCAAACGUACUCAUCAAUACUCAGGGUCGAGUAAAGAUGUGUGAUUUCGGGAUCAGUGGCUACUUGGUGGACUCUGUCGCUAAGACCAUUGAUGCUGGGUGCAAGCCGUACAUGGCACCUGAGAGGAUAAAUCCAGAGCUCAAUCAGAAAGGCUACAAUGUCAAGUCUGACAUCUGGAGUUUAGGAAUUACAAUCAUUGAGCUGGCUAUCCUGCGUUUCCCUUAUGACUCCUGGGGUACCCCCUUCCAGCAGCUCAAACAGGUGGUAGAGGAACCGUCACCCCAGCUGCCAGCGGAUCGCUUCUCCCCCGAGUUUGUAGAUUUCACAUCGCAGUGCUUGAAGAAGAACUCCAAAGAGAGGCCAGCAUACACAGAACUCAUGCAACAUCCCUUUUUCAUACUUCAUGACUCCAAAGAGACAGAUGUGGCCAGUUUUGUCAAGUCUGUCCUCGGUUACUGAAAGUGGAAGCAUGACACCACCCACAUGUCCCAGAGGAGGCGGAGCACUUCACCAAUGGACCAGUAGUUGUCCAGAAACCCAGAAGGGCUCUCUCAGGGGAAGUAGGGUCUUUAUGCAUCCAGGAGGGUUAUACUUGCACAUCGCUGGCUGGUAGGUUAGUAGUUUGGGCACCAGUCAUUGCCCACAAUUGCAGCACAAAAAUACAACUGAUUAACUAGUGUAAGAUACUGUCCUCAUACUGGGAAAAUAAGAAGGCCUAAAUUAAAUGUCUGUCUUACUAUGUCAGACCUCUAAGUUGUUUUGAAAGGAUCUAAUCUUACUGGACUCUCUGCCCUCUUUUCUCUUGGACUUACGGACAAUGGCAACAUUUUUUGACAUUCACUGAAUGUCAGGGAAAAACUUAACCUAUUUUGUGCAUUAAACAAAAAAAAUCAAAAGUUGAUAUUACUGCAAAUUACAACAAUAUGCGUACUAAUACUAGUAGCUGAUAUGGGUUUUCUGCAUGCAUGAAUAAUGCAUGAAAAAGUGUUCCUGGAUCAUGAGAAGAUUAUAGGGGACUGCUGCCAAAAUAUAAAAAAAACCACAAAAUCAUUACAGUGAUCCAUAGAUUUGGGUGCAGCAUGCCCACCACCUGCCAAAAGCAAUGAAGUGCAGAUUGGCGGGGCAGACAAGGACUGUUGGGUUCCAGUGAGCUUCUGGGGCAAGAGUCAUGGAAGUCCUGGGUGGGCUGGCCUACAACUGAAAAGCCAACACUGACAGGAAGGGGUACAAUGUGUUCAGCUGGUGGUAUGGUCCAUUGUCCCAACCCCAACCACACCCUCCUUGAGCUCUUGCCUGCCAUGUAGCAGAGAGACCCUGUGACCACUUAAGUCAGUGGUUUGACUAUAUAUUUGUGCGCUUUUUGUGUGAUCCCACAGCAUUCAUAGCAGACAAACCUGUGAAAGUCUGCUGGUUCUACCAGUUGUAUUGAGUCACCAGAAGAGCUGAAUAUGACUGGAUGCAAUGAUGAGGACUCUAAUAAUGAUAUUUAUAUUGUUGUCAUCUCUUCUUCCUGACUGUUUGAUGGAGUUGGUGUUGAUUCUCAUUUUUUCAGACAGGUAAUACAAUCUCCAUAUCCUGUGCAGUGUAUUGAGAAUGCCAUCAGCAUGUUUCUGCUGUAUGCUGGGGCGGCUCAUGCCCAAAGACUGCCCUUUUGAGGCACCUGGUGCACUGUAAACGCUGCUUUGCAGAUGGCCACAUCUCAACUCACUGGCUAUUGCCAUGCAUACACAGCCCAUUGUUUAGACAGUAAAGUGAUGCAGAGGGUUUGUAGUUUUGGGGCACUUCAAAAGGCAUACCUGAUGGAUUUGUCAGUGAUGGACCACACGUUUCCCUUCCACCCUUAGUACUCUGGUCCUUUUACAAGUUAGCUGGUUGGACAUGAUUGGCUGGAAUUUUUAUUUAUUUUUUUUUUUUUUGGAUGACUUUAUUGCUGUGGAGAGACCAAAGACUGAGAGUCCCUGUAAGAGCAUACCACCACAGAAGGAUUCUCAUACACUGCUCCCUCAACUAUACUUUAAGACACUAGUUAUGAAACAAUGUCUUUUAGUUUCCACAAGGUUUUAUGAGCGGUGACUCAACCACCAUAUGUGAGACCAUUCUCAUUUAAAGGGCUUGAUGGGAGGACAUUUAAACCAAAAUGAACUUCUCUGGCUUUUGUCGUUAUAAAGUCUCCUUGUAUCACUUCCACCUUACUGCUUCUCCUCAUCCUGUUACUCGCUCUUCUUUGUCUAGUGCCUUGCAGAAAGUGCUCUGCCAACUGGUCCAGGUUUGAACUUCUGAAUCAAGUAACCAGUGGGCCUUGAAGCCUCAGAUGUUGGCUUCACUACAGUUCCUCUUACUAGCUGUUUCUUCUGCCACUUUGACUACUGAAGGCAUGGGGUUUGUUGACAGCCUCAUAGAAUGCAACUGUAGUUUGGCAUUCCAGAGUGUAAAGGUCUCAUAGCAGCUCCAGAGAGGUCUGUUUUAACCUUCAUUGUUUGUAGAUGUAGGUUACCUUCUCUGGUUUAGAUUAUUAGCUGUAUGUUUGCUAAACAGCUUUUUAUUUGAAGCCAAAGGGCUUUGUGUGUCUUUCAUUUGGUCUCACACCAAAGCUUAGUUUACAGUCCAUUUCUGAGUAAUGAAUGUGUGAAACUGUCCCAGAUAGCCUUUUUCCCUCCCUGGGUUUGAGAAGAGGGCUUCAGUGAAAUGCAGAAAAAAACAGAACAACAUUAUCUGUCCUCUCAUGCUCAAUUGCAAAGUUUCAUUGCCUGAGAUGGCUGCUGGUAUGCCUGAAACACUGAAUUUCCUCUUUGUUUAUUUAAAAUCAAUUUCUGUACUGUAAUGUAGAAGAGAGCACUGCAAAUGUAGGUGUUUUUUUUUUCCUCCUUUUCCUUUGCUUAUUAGUCAAAUGAAUUUUUGAUUUGUUAGAUGGGUGGGUUGCAGUGUGUUAAUUAUUGUGGUAAUAUUAGAGAUUUUAAUUAAAAAUCUGCUUUAUUAUUUGUAGUGAAAGAUGUGUGUUUUGUUUCAGUCUUGUUUAGGUGUCUCCAACAGGCAUUUAAUGUAACACAAACAUGAAGACGGACCAACCUGCUUGAAGAUUGCAGCCUUUGCAGUUUUCUAUACGUUUUUAAUUUGUGUCAAAAGCCUCUUCCUGUGUUGUAUUGCCUUGUCUGAUAACUACAGGACAGUUGUGAGGCCUUUGAUACUUUUUAUUGUCAUAUCUGAUGUUACAGUUCUGAUAAAACAGAUACUGCAUAACUACAUAAUUAGACCGGUUUUGUUUGCUUAAUUAUUCUGGGAUGGGAUUUGGAUUCCCAACUUAUCUGCUCAUUCUUAAAGUUGUAAUACAGCAAAGAUGCAAACUAAAGAGACGUUGCUAUGGAAGUGAUAUGACAUUUUUGAAGGCUGUGUGACAGUAAAGCUGUUUAUUUACAGACCCAUCAUACUGUCAGGUCCUGACAGCCUCUUGCCACUGAAGAUUUUUCACUGACAGGUAAUGAAAACACCCAUGUACUCGGAAAUAAAAGGCAUUGCUUCCACGCCAACUAAUUUUUGCUGGUAAAUGAGUAAUAACGAGCAUGACACAAAACACCUGCUGUGUUCAUACAGUAUAUUCAUAGAUGUUUGAAAAAAGACCAUUUUGGAGUUAGUCAGAGCGUUUGAUCUUUGUUCUGCGCCAAACCAAAGAAAUAUAAUUCUGGCUGGAAGGUAAGUUUUAUUGUGUG